AUGCCGAAACGGAGACCGAACAGAAAGAAUCUUUCGAAAGAAAAUGAUUCAGCAAUGGUUUUUUCAAUGGAGUCUGUCAACAGCGAAGGAAACAUUGUUCCACGUGUAAGCUCAGCGAAUCAAAGUCACAAUGAAAAGGAUAUCUUCGACCAGAUUGAUCCAACCAUGAGGAAAAAAAGAAAACACGUCGCAGAUUUUAAUCAGAGUAUGAAAAGAACUAAAGUUGUAAUUCAAUCGGAUUCGGAUACAGAUAACAAUGGUGACGAUGCAAUGGAUGAUCCGACAGAACGCUCAGCCGAUGAAAUUUCAAAGCCAAUCUCACCGAGUAAUGCGGGAUUACAUGAUGUUGAGACAUCAAGUUCAAAUGGUGCACGCAACGGUUUAUCAGCAGACAUUUCUUUGGCAACGCCUUCGCGUGAUGAAAGUUUUAUUUUAAAUAAGCACAAUGGAAAACGUGUUGAAUUAAAUAAAUCGAUUUUACUUCAUAAGCAAAAUCCAUGCAAUCAGUCUGUCACUAGUAAAAACUCUAGUACGAUGGUUAAUAGUAUUAAUGAUGAAUUGUCAUUGCAUUCUCAAGAUUUUGAUCAAGGCACACGUGAACAGUCACAACAAUUUCGUAAUACAUUAACAUCGAUGAAGAAACCUUCGGCAAACUUUGUAAAACCAAGUGAAAUUAUCUCAUCUCAAACGACAUCGAUCGCAAAGCAUUUGUCUCAUGCGUCGAAAAGUACCAUUACCUUUGGAAAGUCAAUGACAGACAGUCGAUAUGUUAACUCACAGAUUGAUCAAAGCAGCAAUCAUAUUCCGAUCGAUCGAUCUCUCAUCUGUUCAGCAAACACGAACAGUGAUCCACUUGCGAAUCGAUCGUCAACAAGUGUAAACAGUCAGUUACGUCCAAUCGAUGUUAGGAAUACAUUCGAGUAUCGGGAGUUAGAAAAGAUCAACAAAUCAUUAUCUGGCAAAGUGGAUAAUUUGAAAGAAGCGCUUGUGAAAGAACGAAAAGAACGGAAAAAGAUUCUCGAGACACACAUGUUAAAACCUCGUUCGAAUCUGUGGCAUGAAUUAUCUCUGUUCAUGCAGAUACAUGGAGCAUCUUAUCACGGAGAUGGACGGACUAUCUCCGACAUCGGUCGAGACCUUGGUCUUUCGGAACAAAUUAUCGUCGCUUCACAACGUGAUACGGAUAAACCAGAUAAAGUUGCCAUGAACGUCUGGCGCAGACUCUGUCCAACGGUCGAUGACAAAGUGUUUGUUGGAUCGAUUAAACGAGUGCCGGUGAAAACACUCGAGAAUAUUUAUGCGUUUGCUCGGCUUUCUCACCCAACGUGCAGCUUUGACUACAAGAAAAUGAAAAGCGACAUUGCUGCCAACAUCCGUCAAGGUAAUUUGGCUUACCGAGUGCAAGGAUCCAUGGCGGUGAAUUAUGAUUUGAAUCAGCAAGAUGCUGACAGCGAUGAAGACGAUGAAUCGAAUGACGAAGCAGAUGAUCAAUCUCGGGUUCCGUCGAACGACACGCAAGACAAAUCAAGCACCGAUGAAGAAGAAUAA